AUGUCCUUGGACGAACAACCAACCAUGGAGCCGAACCCGAAAAGAGUGAAAACUGAUAGUGGGACGGUAAAUGGGACAUAUAAGACUCAAGCUCCGACGAAACGGGUGAUGGAGGCGCUUUACUCUGAGUCUGUGGUGGCCAGGCUGUGGCACGUCGCUGCAACGGCACUGGGAAGCAGCAAUCCGCCGAUUCUAUUUCCCGAGUAUACCGGGAAAGACAGCGCUACUUAUGUCUACCGAAGCCUCGACUUCUGGACUUCUGGGUUCUUCCCGGGGUCUUUGUAUCUUCUCCUCGAGCGGUUGACAAAAUAUCCUCAAAAUACACGAUUAUCUCAAGCAGCCAAUGAGAAGGGCCUCUCAUCCAUGCCCCAUCCCCUCCAGAUCGAGCAUCUGUGCAAGUGGUGGACGGCCAACCUACAUCAAAACGCGCUAAAGCGCGACACCCACGACCUAGGCUUCAUGAUCGCGCCAUGGGCAAUGAAAGCAUGGGAAAUCCAGAGAGAUGCAGCCGCAUACAAUAGUCUGGUCAUGGCGGCGCACUCCCUUGCUAGUCGUUUCAACGCUACCACCCAGUGCCUACAAAGCUGGGACGUCUGUAUCACGAACCGGUACUCCUUCACAGAUCCCUCGAAGGACUUCCUCGUCAUCAUUGACAAUAUGUUGAACCUGGAUCUUUUAUUUUGGGCUGCUCGAGAGACGUCAAAUAAGUCCCUGUAUGAUAUCGCGCUGGCGCAUGCGAAGACAACCCAGAAGCACCACAUCCGGGAGGACAAUACGACAUUCCACGUGGUGAACUUUGAUGCAAAGACUGGAGAUGUCAAAGCCAAGUUCACAAAUCAGGGCUACAGCGAUGAUAGUUGCUGGGCACGUGGUCAGGCCUGGGGAAUUCUGGGUUUCAUGCAGACAUUUGAGUGGACUUGUGAUAAGACCUUCCUUGAGACAGCGAGAGCACUGGCUGAUUAUUUCCUUGCCCAUCUCCCGGCUGAUGGUGUUCCCUAUUGGGAUUUCACUGCGCCCGUCACUCCAACAAGUCCAAGAGAUACUUCGGCAGCUAUGGUUGCUGCUUGUGGCCUAUUGCUCCUUCACAAGGCGCUGAAAGGUACACCAGACGGAGAACGCUAUCUGCAGGAGGCGAUCAAUCUCGUAGAUGCCACCAUCUCGAAAUUCUUGAAUCCACCAACGGUUCGCUUUCAGAUUACUCAAUCCACGUCGCAGGUUCUGGUCUACCCGGAAGGCUGCUUGGAUGAGCACGAUAGCGAUGGCUUUGAGAAAUUGACCGUUGUGAAUCAGUUCACUUCAAAAUUGCGUGAUACAAUUCUUGACGGCGCCACCAUCAACAACUAUGAAUUCGCACCCAGAAGGUGGUCUAACCAUGGACUUGUCUAUGCUGACUACUACUUCCUUCUCUUCGGCAACAUGCUUCUGGAUUUGGGUUUGGUGAACGGAGGAUCUCAAUGCAUUGACUAG